AUGCCCAAAUGUUCACACUGUCAGAACUACAAGACCGAGUGUAUCUUCACUCAGGUAGAGAAGAAGCGCCAGCCACCAAAGGGCGCAAAGUACAUUGAGGGCUUGGAGAACAGACUUGCGCGUAUGGAAGGUCUGCUGAAGAUGUCAGGUCUGCUGGGUGAAGACGAUGGUGGUAAGACUGAUCUCGGCACACUCGAGAAGCGGUUGGCGGACAGACAAGCUGCCGGCUCUUCGUUCGCAUCACCAAUCUCGCCUCACGUCGCCGGUGAUGGCUCGACCUCUGCCCAUCCGACUCCGCCUACUGGUGUUACAAGUCCUCAGUCCGGUGCGCCGCUUCAGAACGGCCAGGCCCCGUCACAAGACAAGGCUGCCGAGGGACUUGCAGAUCAGAUGUGCUCGCUGGUCACAAACAAUGCUGGAGAAACACGAUACAUUGGCUCCUCAUCUGGCUUUUCUAUCUUCUCGCCGAAGGGCAUCCAGUGGGUAAACGAAAAGACUGGAGACUUCUCUUUCCGCGACAUGAUAACCCAAGCAGCUACUGACGACAGAGCCUGGGCUACCUGGAAACCCGAAAUCUUUGACGACAUCUUCUCGCGCAAAAUCUACAAGCCUUUACCUCCUAAACCUGAAGCUCUCGCCCUGCUAAAGGACUUCUUCGAUAACUUCAACUGCGUUUUUCCGUUGUUUCAUGAGCCGACUUUUAUGCAUCUCGUCGACAAACACUACUCACUUGAUCCAUACGAAGGUUCUGGUUGGUGGGCCAGCUUGAACGUUGCGCUUGCCAUCUCCCAUAGGCUUCGGAUUAUAGGUGAAGAAGAUGCCCGACUUGAAGAUGCAAAAGCUUGGGGAUAUUUGAAAAACGCCUUGGCGGUCCUCUCCGAGUUGACGAUGCGAAACAACGAUCUAUUAAGCGUUCAGGCUCUGCUGGGAAUGGCCCUCUUCAUGCAAGGUACACCAAACCCGCAACCAGGCUUCUUCCUCGUCGCCGCAGCACUGCGGUUAGCACACAGCAUCGGUCUACACAAACGUGGAUCUGACUUCAAUCUCAACGAGGUUGAAUCAGAACAGAGAAAACGUGUAUUCUGGAUUGGUUAUCUCAUGGACAAAGACAUCUGUCUUCGUUCUGGCAGACCUCCUAUCCAAGACGACGACGACAUGAACGUUGAGCUUCCUAGUGAAAACCCACCUGACAACAUUGGUGUUGUGUCAUUAGGGGAUGGCAAGAGCAAGGUCAAUCUUUUCCGGAUACAAUGUACCUUUGCCUUGAUUCAGUCGAAGGUCUACAAAUUGCUUUACUCGGUUAAGGCUGCUCGUCAAACAGAUGGCGAACUGUUGAACACGAUUGGUGAUCUCGACCAGGAGCUAGAAGAGUGGAAAGAUUCUAUCCCCCUCGAGUUCCGCCCUGAGCAUGAGAUCAAGAUGCCCAGUGAAUCACCAAUCAUGCUGCAUGUUGUUGUCAUGCACUUUGCAUACUACAACUGUCUCACGACCAUCCACCGGAUGUCUGUCCAUCACGGGUACUGGACAUCACGUCUCUCGAAUUAUGCCAUUGCUGGUCUGAAUGCGCGCCCGCUUAAUCCUCGCNUUCUGGUGUACUAUCCUGUAUCUGCGCUUGUCACAUUGUUCGCCAAUAUUCUGCAAAAUCCACAAGAUGCCAGAGCACGCUCCGACCUCAAGCUUAUGAACUCAAUGACGGAGUUUCUGCAAAUGCUGUGCAAUGAAGAUGGCAAUGUUCAUUGCCGAAGAAUGGCCUCUAUCUGCAAAGAAUUCGAACGUAUCGCUAGGGUAGUCCUUGAUAAGGCUGAGCGGGAUAUGAAAGGCAGGGGCAAGAGAAAGAAUCGAGAAAGCGAUACAGCCGCGCCACCCACCCAAACCACGCAGUCAGAGCGUCGCUCAACAUCUCAGCCAACGCAAGCGCAAAGAACACCAAACAUGUCUGCCUCAAUGCUUCCUAAUGGACGAACAACGACGGCGUCUCCAUCUGUUGGGCAAAUGCAACAUCAACCUUUACACCCCUCGCCUAUGGGAUCGAUGCCUUUCACAGCGCCAUCAAACGCGCCCCCUUACCAACCCACUACCAGUAUGGCACCAGAGCCCUGGAUGCAGAGUGUUCCACCUGCACCAGAGAACAUGUUCGCCCAGGCCGAUGGACGGUUUCCACAAGCACUCCCGCAAGACAACAACUUUGACAUGCAAGGGUAUGGUCUGGGACCUAUGGCCGGAGAUUUGGGUGGCAGCUUCCAACAACCAUUUGUACCACAAGAUCUGUGGCAGAUGCCUAUGACAUUAGAAUGGGAUUGGGCUGAUUUCUUUGGUACGGGGCCUGGCUUUGAUCUCAACGACCCUAAUGGAGGUGGGCCUCGUUGA